ACAGACCGAGAAUAUAUGUGUAAAAUUUGCCCUCGUCACAGAUUGUCAGGCAGAUUUCACCGGUUGGCAUUGGUUACAUGUUUUUAAUAUAAAUUAGUUUCGUUACGAACGCCAUGUUGUAUGUUAAAAAAUAUGUUUAACAAGUAUUGCUGUUUGGUUUGAUUUUAAUAUAAUUUUGCUUUAAAACAGACCAACAACUCCUGGACCAGGAAGAGGGAAGCAGAAAGAGGAAGGACGUUGAUUCAUUUUGUUAUUUUCAUGAAAAAAACUAAAUGAAAUGAGAAUUUUGAUUUUGUAUAAUCCCCCCUUUUUUAAGUACUUUUUGAACAUUCUACAGCUUAUUCCAGGGGAUCCCAUGUGGUGAACUCAAGCCAUAGCAGACAUCUUCCUGCAGCCGACAACAGCCUCAGUAAAAGACGUCAUGCUGUGAAUGAUCCUUGGUGUCCUCCAGCAGCAGCAGCUUUAAUAACAAUGUUGUCCCCAGCCUGCAGCUCCAUGCGGUCUGCUGUCAGGCUGCUGCCGCGGCGGACACGGGCUGGAGGAACUCAGCUCUGGUAUGAUACCUCUCAGCCGGCCCACUCUCGGCUCCACCAGGCUCACGUGUUCCCCUUGCUCGAAGCAGGUCCCGUUCCGCGUUCUCUCAGACCCCUCGUCCACUUUCUCCGGGCAAUCAAGAGCCCUGCAGAGGUAUCGCUCAUGCAAACGGCGGGUCGGAUCACAGCUCAGGCAUUUAGGAGGACGAUGGCUUUAUCACAAGGCGACGUCGACAAGUCGGUCCUGUUUGCUAAGUUUGAUUUCGAGAAUCGGAUCCAUGGUGCCAACUUCCUGGCCUACCCCCCUGUGGUUGCCGGAGGAAAUCGGGCAAACACGCUGCACUACAUUAACAACAACCAGAUCAUCAAGGAUGGUGAAAUGGUUCUUCUUGAUGGUGGCUCUGAGUACUUUGGUUACGUCAGUGACAUCACUCGAACGUGGCCAGUGAAUGGGCGAUUCAGCCCCGCCCAGGCUGAGUUGUAUGAGGCCGUCCUGGAGGUGCAGCGCUCCUGCUUGUUCUGUUCCCCCGGCAUCAGUCUCGAUCACAUCUACAGCACCAUGCUGGCUCUGUUGGGACGCCAGCUGAAUUGCCUCGGCAUCCUGAAGGCUGGCACCAGUGAUGCUGAUGUGCUAAAGGCUGCAAGGAGGUACUGCCCCCACCAUGUUGGCCAUUAUCUCGGCAUGGACGUCCACGACACUCCUGAGUUAUCCAGAUCACAGCCUCUCCAGCCUGGAAUGGUCAUCACUAUAGAACCAGGGUUAUACAUCUGCGAAGACAACAACCAGGCGCCAGAGCAUUUCCGUGGCCUCGGUGUCAGGAUCGAGGAUGACGUGGUUAUCCGAGAAAAGGGGGAACCUCUGGUUUUAUCCUGCAGUGCUCCAAAGACUAUAGCUGAUGUAGAGAAGGCCUGUGGCAUGGGAUAGGGCGAGGAGAGAAAGAGAAAUAUAUCAUGGACGGUUCAUGUAAUUUUCAAUUGUCUCAAGAAGCUCAGGAGCUCGGAUUGUGACAGUUUACAGACGCCUUGAUGGGAUUAACUUUUGUGUAUCAAGGUUUCAGAAGUUUAGAAAUGGGGUCCUAAAGAUGAUAAACCGUGCAGACAGGUAUAUCAUCUUAAAUACACUGCUCACUUUAUCCAAAAUGGACAAGACAAUUAAGAUCCAUCACAGCUGUGCCUUCAGUAGUAGUUGAGGUGGCUUAAAGCACUGAAAAGGGGAAGAUCAGCUGAGUGUUAUUGGAGUGUGUUGUAGCUUUAAAGUUUGAAUUGGUCCUCUGUUAAGAUGCAGUAAGAAGAACAAUCCUAUUCAUGCACUGAACUUGAAAUUAUUUUUUUUACUUGCAUAGAUUCCCCAUAAAUCAUAGUAGUUCAAAUAGAAAAACUCUGACUUCUUUUUCAUUCUGAAUUCAUCUAUUUUCUCCUCGUCUUUUGUUUCUUUAGACCAACUAACGACAGGAGUUUAUGUCUAAAACAAAUUAUAAUUUAUGCUCAUGCUGAAAGACAAAGUGCUUCACCACCAAAUAGGAACACAUCAACACACUUUAAUACAAGCAGAACACAUCUUGACAGAUGGACUUUUUAGAACCAUCAUAUCUAUUUAGGGAUGAAGAAAGAGUGAUGCCUCCAACAUGGCUGCUUGUGAUAAAACUGGAUUGCUAAACUUUACUGAAUGAGAUAUGUUAUACUGUGAGUUUGAGUGAGUCGGUGUGAACGUGUGUUUGUCUUUUCUGUAAAAAGAAAAAAAAUUUGUGUUCUCUUUCAGAAUAAAAGUGUGUUUAUGAGUUUUA